UUGUGUCUCCCAAGUCACAGUAGGAAGAAUAGAAUAGAGUUCUUGGCAAAGAAUAUAAUAAUUUGUAUUUACUAUUUAUAUUUACUUAGGGACAGAGACAAGAGUUACUAAUCAAGUAACCACUAACUAACGAGUAACGAGUUCUUGGCUCUUGGUCUUGGUCUUCUGGAACUUGAGUUUUCAAUGCACAGAACACUUACUCUAACGAGCUUGAAUGUUGCUCGAAAGUUUAAGAAUUCUGAGCAAGAGAAGUGAGCUAAUAAUAUAUUUACUCUAACGAGGAAGUGGAGUAACACAAAAGUCACAAAGUGUAAUAGUAAUUUAAUUUGUUUCAAGAAAAAUAGUGUAAAUAACUCUAAACAAUUAUGCUGAAUUAGAAUAUUUGUACCACACAAAUAAAGAGUAAAGCAACAUCCUAAAUAAUUUACUAUAUAAAAACAAAUAUUGCAGAAACAUUGUAACUAUUGUAAAAUUUGAUUUGAUUUAAACCAUGGCACACUACAAAGGAGCAGCAUCUGAAGCUGGUAGAGCUAUGCAUUUAAUGAAGAAGCGUGAAAAAGCUCAACAAGAAAUUGAGCUCAGAAAAAAGAAGAUUGAAGAAGACUUAAAGAUUGAUAAUAUUGAAAAUAAGUUUGCCACUCACUAUGAUGCAGUAGAACAACAACUAAAGAGUUCUACAAUUGGUCUGGUAACACUGGAUGAGAUGAAAGCAAAACAGGAGCAUAUAGUUCGAGAAAGGGAGAAGAAGUUAGCUCAAAAAAAAGCAGAAAAAGAAAAAGAGAGACAAAGAGAGAUUGAAGCUAAACAAGCUCAGAAAAACAAGCAAAAACGACAGAUUCAAGCACUUUCUUUUGAUCUAGAUGAACAGGACGAAGAUGAUGAUAAUGGUGAUCAAGAAACAAAGCCUGAAAAUAGUUGGAAGGAAUGUGAGGAAGUGCCCUAUAAGAAAAUACGGAAGAAUCCAGAUGUGGACACAUCCUUCUUACCAGACAGAGAGCGGGAAGAGGCAGACUUGAAGCUGCGGGAAGAGCUCAGAUUGGAGUGGGCAAUGACACAGGCUAGUCUUAAAGAUGAACCAAUAACUGUUACUUUUAGUUACUGGGACGGAUCCGGACAUAGGAGACAUGUUACUUUAAAGAAAGGUAAUUCUAUAUACCAAUUUCUUCAGAGAUGUCUCGAUACAUUGAGGCCGGAGUUUAGUGAACUCAAAACUGUUUUGGCUGAUCAACUCAUGUACGUGAAGGAAGACUUGAUACUGCCGCAUCACUAUACGUUUUAUGAUUUCAUAGUUACAAAGGCCAGAGGAAAGAGUGGUCCAUUGUUCCAGUUUGACGCUGUAGAUGAUGUGAGAUUAAUUAGUGACGCCACGCAGGAGAAACAAGACUCGCACGCCGGGAAAGUUCUUUUAAGAUCUUGGUACGAGAGAAAUAAACACAUCUUCCCCGCAUCGAGGUGGGAGCCAUACGAUCCAACCAAAACAUACUCCAAGUAUACUAUUAAAGGAAAAUAAUACUCGGUUACUUGUUUUCAAUAAGUUUUCUUUUGACUUGUUGACCGAGUGCCCUAGACAAUAAUAUAAAUAUGCCUAUGAAAUGGACAGCUGGUGAAGAAUAUGCAAAAUAUUUUAUUUAUUUAUUUUAAUUAAAUUGCGUUACAUGCAACUUAGUUACUAAACAAAAUUGUAGUUCCAAAUAAUUGACGACCUGUAUAGCCGAGUGGUUAGCAAUCCUACCUACUAAGCUAGAGGUCCCGGGUUCGGAUCCCGGUAGGUGCAAGCAUUUAUAUUAUGAUUAAUAUGGAUGUUUGUUUCCGAGUCAUGGAUGUUUAAAUGUAUUUAUGUAUGUUUAAGUAAGUAUAUUGUAUUGUUCUCCAUUUAUUCGUAUACUUAGAUUUUAUUUUUAUUAACUCAAGCAAGUCGAAUUAUUCUUCAUACUAUUUAUAAUUUAUUUAUUUCAUACUAAUAUACACUGGCCUGCAAAAGUAAGUAUCACACUUUUCAAAUUAAAUUUAUUUCUUAACUAUAGAGAUUUAAGAUUAAAAACGUUUUGUUGCAAAUUUUAUAGGCUUUAAUUCUUAGAAACUAAAAUUAUACAUUAGUAACAUUUUUAACUUAAAAAAGAUAAAACAAUGAAAAUAGACAUUUUUAGUUUAGUGUAAAAAAAUUCAACUAAAAUGUAUUACAUGUUAUUUAAUUUUUAAUAACUGGUAUUGCCUCCUCGAGCUUUCAUUACAGCUUCGAGCCGGUUUGGCAUACUGAACACUAGGUUUCGGAGCCGAUGUUGGGGAAUAUUCUCCCAUUCUUCUACCAGGGCCUGCUUUAGUGCCCAUAGAUAGAUGCGUGCCCAAGAUAUGCCAGCCCAUACAUGUACACUGCCUCCACCGUAUUGGACUCUUUCUGAGAUGCAGGCUUGAAGGCAUCGCUCACCAGGUCACCUGUAAAUACUUCGCCUUCCAUCAGAAGUGUAAAGGGAGAAUCGAGACUCAUCUGCAAACAAAAUUCUUGACCAUUCUUCUUCAUCCCACUGCAUUUGUUCACGGGCGUAUCGCAGUCUCGCUACUCGACGCUGUCUCUCGAGUUUUGGGCCACUCGCUGGUCUUCGGGGUUUCAAAUUUGCUUCAGCAAGUCUUCUUCUCUCUGUACUGUCACUAAUGUAGUCCCUCCGGGUCUGAAGUAGCUGUUGCUGGACUUCAACUGCAUUUUGAUGGCGAUUUCUUAACACAGUGGAAAUAAUACAACGAUCUUCUCGGGCACUGGUACACCUGGGUCUGCCAUUACAAGGUCUCCUCAGAUGGUGUCCAGUCUCUUCGUACCUUCGCUUUACCUUCUGGACCGUUCGUACCGUCACACCCACCAUUCUUGCAGUGCGACGCAUACUGAUGCCUAGUCCAGAAAAGCCAUGAUCCUAGCACAUUCUUCAACUGAAAGAGGCAUGAUAAAUAAAUGUUAUGUGCUUUUUAGCAUAAAUUUUUAAAACAAGACCCAUUGGUCUUGAAAAAAUUUAAAACAGAAAGAAAAAUGUGAAUGGUAAAAUUGUAAUUCGGAAACGUCCACUUUGAAAAAGGAAUGGUUUUGUUUUUGAAGUUUUUUUUCAGCCAAUUCUUAAAAGAAGGUUACCGACUAUAAAGUUUUUAUGUACAAAAUUAUAUUCUCUUUGGAGUCCUUUUUAUUUCGAAAGUAUAUCUUGUGAACUUAAAACGUUAUCCCAAUUUUAAAAAUGUGAUACUUACUUUUGAAGGCCAGUGUAUAAAAUAAUAAUAAUACUUGCAGUAAUUUUUAACUAAUGGUGAAUGGUAAAAUUUGCAAACACACAUUCUACAUUCAAAUGCAAUAUUUUAAGGUUGAAAUGUAGGUAAUUUUGACAUUAAUCCACAAUGGUAAUGUCCGUUAUAAUAGUAGUUUGAAAAAAAUACUAAAAUACACAAUGAAAAGCACAAAAUUUGGUAUUCGAAAAUUUCCUUAUAUUAGAUAAAUCGGUCAAAGAUAAUGGUUGAAAUUUAAAAUUAACAUCAUUUCCUGACUUAUCGACGAUAGAUGAAAAUUAUAUAAAUUAACAAAAAUCUUAUUUUGCAAAAAUGGAAUAAUUUUAUCAAAUUAAUGUAUUGUCAUCGGUCCUCGAUAAAUCUACGAAGUUUGAACGAAAUCUGGCCGUUUAUAGUGGGUCAAAAUCGCGCCCAAAUGAGUCGAUUACAAACAAAUAUACAUACAGGUGAAGCUAAUAAAAGGCGUGUAAUAUAAUGAAAUCAACUAGAAUUUAUUAUCACUACUUCUCUUUAAAUAUUGUUUACAAAGAUCGAGUGUUUGAUCUAUCAGAGUUGCGGGCGAUGCGACAAAGCUCUUGUUUGUUAAGUGGAAGUAUAUUUAAUAAGAAGAUAUUUGUUUUUAUUUGUUGUAUUUUUUUUAUUUAACAAAAAAUUCUGUCAGUCCUAUCGUGAGUUGCUCUAUUUCAAUAUAGUUAGUUACGUUUGUAUUUGAGUAAGAUUUAAGUGAGUGUGGGCAAAUUCUCUGAAAGCUGUGAAAAUAGGCAUAUUUAUACAAGUAAAUAAUGUAAAUAUAAUGGUAAAUUAGCUUUAUUAUCAAAA